GAGACAGACACUGUGUCGUUUUUGGAGGCGGAGGCAGCAGAGUUCCAAGCUCGAUCUCCCAGAGGUUCGCUUUACCUGGUGGCAGUCAUGUGAUCGUUUGCGCACCUGGGCGUCUCCUGGACAAGGCGGCGAAGCAGACAGGGUGACGGACGGACAAGCAGACAAUCGGGCGGAGGGACGUGCCGCUUUGUUGUUUUCUUGGGUUGUUGCGCAAAUCCGGAGGGAUGUGCUGUUGCUGAGGCGCUCCUUCUUUCCUUUCAUUUUUUAUUUUGCGAGCGGUCUUGGUUAGCCGAGGAUGUGAAGUUUUCUUUUUGCGGAUCGGCGCUUUUGCUGUGGCUGGAUUUCCUACAACUUGCAGUGAUGGAUACAUGUCUGGAGGUGUUCUGUCUCUUCCUGAUAUUCAGCACUGGCAGCAUCAGCAGUGAAAGAAAUCCCACAUUCAGCUGUGAAACAACCAUAAAUAAUGUGGCAAUCAAUCCUGAGACUGAAGAUGUGUAUGUGGGUGCAGUCAAUGCUCUUUUUCAGUUGUAUCCAAAUCUGGUUGAAAAGAAAAUGAGAAAAACUGGUCCAGAACCAGAUAACCGCCAGUGCACGCCACCCAUCACUAAAAACUGUGAAGCUGUAGACACCGACAACAUCAACAAGCUGCUACUUAUAAACAAGGCAGGCAAAGAGCUGAUAGUGUGUGGCAGUCUCUUCCGGGGCCUUUGCACCUUGCUCAACUUGGAUGACAUUGACACAGAAAAGUACUAUAAGAAUACUGAAGGAGAGAAAACUUUUGUAGUUAGUUGUGAGGAGAAAGUCUCAGUAGUGGGAGUUGUUUCUACCAUCCAUGCAGACAACAGAAAUUUGUCUGUCUUCUUCGUGGGGAAAGGUUAUGGCAGCCAGGAUACUGCCAAAUUGGUCAGCACUAGGCUACUGAUGAAGGUAGACUCACGGGAUAUUUUUGAGAGUUAUGCUGAUGCCUCCACGUUGCAGGCGAACUCCUUCCUACCCAAAUACAAGCACAGCUUUACUUUCUCCUUCCAGAAUGAUAUAUUUGCCUACUUCCUCUUCUCCCGCACCAAUGGGCGCAAUGACAACUCCAACUACACUUUUGUCUCCCGGCUUUGCCAGAGUGACAAGCAUUAUUAUUCUUACAUGGAGCUACAGCUGAACUGUAGUCUGGCUGAUAAGACUCAGACUUUGAACACACCACGCUCAGCAUACGUCACUGAAGCUGGGGAACAUCUAGCAAAAAUUCUGAUGCAAAAAGAGGAGGUUGCUCCCCAAGACCAGCUGCUCUUUGUGCUCUUCUCUUCUGAUGACACAGUGGUUCAAAACCCAUCCUCUGCCCUCUGCAUAUAUCCUCUGAAAGCUAUCAAUGAGAGACUGGAGAGCAUCCAGAGUUCUUGCUACUCAGACGGUGGAAUAAAGGAUGAGAAACAGGCAGCAUUCACUCCCUAUUUAUUUGACCAAUCUGCCUCUUGGCCAUCAAAAUGCCAAAACAAACAAGCGAAGAAUAUUAUGAAGCAAUAUAGGUGUGGUGACGACUUCCUCCCUACCCCAGUGGGAACCACACCAGAGUUUGCCCUCUCUUCAAAAGCUGUGAUCAGCUACAGUGAGUCUCUUACUGCUGUGGCAGUGGCAGUAGAGAAUGGACAUUCAGUGGCUUUUCUGGGAAAUGAUCAAGGCAGCAUCUACAAAGUACAUCUGGCUGCUGAGGGCCGGCAAUAUGAGAAACUGAAUGUGGGCAAAACCAGGGUAAACAAGCAGCUCUUAUUUGACAAGUCUCAGGAUAAUUUGUAUGUCACCAUGGAAAAAAAGAUCACUCGCAUCCCGGUUCAGAACUGUGAACGCUGGACCGACUGCCAGUCCUGCAUUAAACAGCAGGACCCUUACUGUGGCUGGUGUGUACUGGAGGGCAAGUGUACCCGGAGGGCAGCAUGUCCAUUGGCUGCAGAAAAUAACCACUGGCUUUGGAGCCCUGACCAGAAGUGCAUUGAGAUAAACAGUUUUGAGCCAAGCAACCAGAGUCGUGGAAAUCCUAAACAGGUGACUCUGACGCUUAAUCCAUUUCCAUUAAUUGAAGAAACAGUGACAUGUGAUUUUGGUGGGAAAUUGACAGAAAUUACCAAUGCCAACAUCCUUGUCUGCGAACCACCAAGUGCCCAGGAUAUUCCCUCUACUCCUCAAGAAAAAGAUUUUGUGGAAGUGAAAGUGAAGAUUAGUUUAACAAAAAGUAACAUCCUGCUGGCUUCUGGAAUGUUCCAGUUCUAUGACUGCAGUGCUGCCAUGAGAAAGCAGCAGAAUAUGCCAUGCUUCUCUUGUGUGACCAGCCAGUGGCACUGCCAGUGGAACUUGGAACACCACAGAUGUGAAGAAAGCACAGAAUCACCGGAUUACAAAGCCAUUGGGCAUAAUCAGGAGAGCCAGUGCCCCCUGUUUGAGGAUCCAUCUCCCAGCAUACUCUCUGUAGGAAUUGAAAAAAGCAUAAGCUUCACUGGGAGAAACCUAGACUUCUACCAGGACAAGUUAUUAAAGGUUAGCGCAACGCUCAUGAAUUCAGAUGUGGAGGUUAUAAAGAAGGACGAGUCUUAUGUCUUCCAGGGUCCAAGAUUCUCUUAUGACCAAGGCCAGAGCACUAGCCUUCUCUUCUUUGUGAUGGAAAGCAACAACGUAAUCGACAGUAACCUAAGCGUGACUCUCUACAACUGCUCAUUUGGCCGCAAUGACUGUAGUCUCUGCAAGAAUACCAACUUCCAAUAUAACUGCGUUUGGUGCAAGUCAUCCAUUUCCUGUCUGCACAAGGAACUCUGUGAGCAAGAAGAAACUGAAUGCCCCCAACCCGAGAUCCUUGAUAUGAUACCACGCAGAGGGCCCUUGGAGGGAGGCAUCUCUGUGACAAUCAAAGGCUCCAAUAUGGGCAUCACAAAAAACGAUAUAAGCAAAAUUCAGGUGGCAGGCAUAGACUGCAUGCACAAGGAGGACAAGUAUGCCGUCUCCACCAGCGUAGUUUGUGAAACUGGUGCAUCGGCUGAGCCUGCUGAAGGAAAUGUUUUGCUGGUACUGACAAAUGGAAAAUCUGGGCUUUCCAAAUUCAACUUUUCCUAUAAGGAUCCCCAGCCUAAUGAUAUUCAACCAACAAAGGGUCAGAAAGCUGGUGGCACAAACGUUAUCAUCAACGGAGUUGAUCUGGAUGUUGGCACCAAGGAUGAUGUGCUUGUUGAAAUCAGUGGCACAAAGUGCACUGUAGUGGAGUUUGGCGCACAGAUCAUCUGCAAGACAGGAGGGUUUCCUGGGGAUCUGAGGGAGGCAGAUAAAGAAGUUAAAGUGAAGUACGGAAAAUUCACAGAGAAGAAGGGGCUACAUUUUGAAUAUGUUGAUAACCCUACCAUCACAAAAAUUGAGCCUGAUAGCAGCUUUGGGAGUGGUGGCAGGAAUGUAACAGUGACUGGCACAGGUUUUGAUGUGAUCCAGAAUGCAAUUAUGCGUGUGAAGAGUUCAUCAUCAAAGGCAGAUUACACAAAUGUGUCUGAGCAUAAAGGAGGGAUUAUGAAUGAAUCCACCAUGUAUUUUCUUACCCCCAAAGUGGGACAUACAGUCGAAGACAACAUGCUCACAUACAUUGUCCUUGAUGACCGGGAAAUGGGAGUAAACUUCAAAUAUCACGAUGACCCUGUCUUUAAUGUUGACACAGGUCACAUAUUCAAGAAAGCAGCUGUCAUAUCUGUGGCAGGCAAGAACUUAAACCUUGCAAUGACAGAGAAGGAGGCCAUUGCAUUUGUAGGUGAUGAACAAUGCACCAUCAAAGCACUUCUGAGCCAAGAACUCCUGUGCGAACCCCCCGCCACACAACCUCGUGCCAAACGUGUCAGGAGGGACACACAUGAAAAUAUGCCGGACUUUGAGGUUGUUUUUGGCUUCAGGUCCUGGAUUUUGGGAAAAGUGAACUAUGAGAAUCCAGGUAGAGACAUGCCACUGCACAUUAUUCUUCCUGUGGUUAUCAUCCCCAUGCUGGCCAUCAUUGCCAUAUCUGUUUACUGCUACAGGAGAAAGAGUCGGCAAGCUGAGCGAGAGUAUGAGAGAGUGCGCCACCAGCUGGAAAGUCUGGAGGAAAGUGUGAGGGACCGCUGUAAAAAGGAGUUUACAGACCUGAUGAUUGAAAUGGAAGACCAAACCAACGACCUCAAUGAGGCUGGAAUUCCUUUCCUGGACUAUAAGACAUACACUGAUCGUGUCUUCUUCCUGCCUUCCAAAGAUGGAGAGAAUGAUGUGAUGGUGACUGGAAAACUGGACAUUCCUGAGGCUCGCCGCCAUACAGUGGAACAGGCGCUCAACCAGUUCUCCAACCUUCUCAACAGCAAACCAUUCCUCAUAAGUUUCAUUCACACCUUGGAAGGCCAGCGAGACUUUAAUGCAAGAGUUAAGGUGUACUUUGCAUCUUUGUUAACUGUGGCAUUGCAUGGAAAACUGGAGUACUAUACAGACAUCAUGAGAACCCUACUGCUGGAGCUCAUGGAGCAGUAUGUGGCCAAGAACCCUAAGCUGAUGCUUCGCAGGUCAGAGACGGUGGUGGAGAGAAUGCUUUGCAACUGGAUGUCCAUCUGUUUAUAUCAGUUCCUUAAGGAUUCUGCUGGGGAACCACUUUACAAGCUCUUCAAAGCCAUUAAGCACCAGGUGGAGAAGGGACCUGUGGAUGCAGCACUGAAGAAAGCUAAAUACACUUUGAAUGACACUGGACUACUGGGAGAUGAUGUAGAGUACAGUGUCCUGACAUUGCAGGUUUUGGUGCAAGGCGAGGGCCCUGAUGUGGUUCCUGUGAAAGUUCUGAGCUGUGACACAAUCUCUCAGGUUAAAGAAAAGGUCAUUGAGCAAGCCUUUAGAAAUGUACCAUACUCUCAGAGGCCUAAGGCAGAUAGCGUGUUGCUGGAGUGGCGGCCUGGCUCCACUGGUCAGAUAUUGUCAGACUUGGACCUCACAUCCCAGAAGGAUGGCCGUUGGAAACGUAUGAAUACACUUGCCCAUUAUAAUGUCAGAGAUAAUGCCACUUUAGUACUGUCCAAAGUUCUCCACCUUCAGCAGCCUGAGGAACACCACCAGGACCCUAUGGAUGAACGAAAUGCUUUGCUUGAGGAUAACAAAGUAUGGCAUCUAGUUCGCUCAGCAGAUGAAGUGGAGGAGGUCAAAUCAAAGGGUGGGAGCAUGAAGGAGAAGGCCAAGGCCAUCACUGAAAUUUACCUGACACGGCUUCUGUCAGUGAAGGGCACUCUGCAGCAGUUUGUGGAUAACUUUUUCCGUAGCGUCCUCUGCUCUAGUGCUGUGGUGCCUCCAGCAGUGAAGUAUUUCUUUGACUUUCUGGAUGAACAAGGAGAGAAGCAUGAAAAUGUAGAUGAAGAGACUAUUCACAUAUGGAAAACCAACAGUUUGCCACUAAGGUUCUGGGUGAACAUCCUGAAAAAUCCUCACUUCAUAUUUGACAUCCAUGUCCAUGAGGUGGUGGAUGCUUCCCUGUCGGUCAUCGCACAGACCUUCAUGGAUGCCUGUACAAAGAGUGAUCACAAGCUGUCAAGGGAUUCACCAAGCAAUAAGCUUCUCUACGCUAAGGAAAUCUCAACCUAUAAGAAGAUGGUUGAUGAUUACUAUAAAGGUAUCAAACAAAUGGUGUCAGUCAGUGACCAGGACAUGAAUACUUACCUGGCAGAAAUAUCUAGGGCCCACACUGACAAGCUCAAUACCCAGGUUGCUCUGCACCAGCUCUACCAAUAUGCUAGCAAGUACUACGAUGAGAUCAUUAACGCCUUGGAUGAAGAUCCAGCCACACAGAACAAGCAAUUAACCCUAAGGUUGCAGCAAAUUGCAGCUGCACUGGAGCACAAAGUGACUGACCUCUAGCUCUAAGGAUGGAGCAGGGCUUCACCAGCACCUUCUUCAAGGAAGGAGGAAAGUAUUCUGGAGACUCUGACGCUGCUGCCCUUUAUAAUGCACCACUCAAGUGACUAGCUUCUUCCUAUUUAGAGAAAAAGCAUGUUUUUAUUGAGCAGCUCAAGCGAUUGAACAGGGUGUGACUCUUUGAGAAGCCCACCUACACGCGAGCCUGGUGCCUUUGGCAAUGCAGGACUAAGCAAUAUUGCAUACGGUACCAUCUGCUGCACAGAGACCAUGGGUUUCCAGCCACUGAACAGAGUGGCAGGACAGAGGCAGUUGUACUGGGGCUGCAGCAGAGACACGGGGUUGGGUGCCCCCAUCCACUUGUGCCUUAUUGUGGGACGGCUUAUUCUUGGAGCCAGCCCUGCUACUGGUUUACUUCCGGCCAUGUAGAACCACCCCAGCAAUAAAUACAGUUGAGCCGCCUUGCCACUUCUUUAUUCAUUUUUUUUUCUCACUCCUUAAAUUGCCAUCUACUGUUCUAUCUCACACCUGGAAUUUAAUGCUGUUGGGCCCGAUGCCAUAGAUUGAGAAGAAUAAUGUUGGGAGGGUGGAGAGAAAGCAAACAAAGGCAGCAUUGACACUUGGGUAAGGUGUACACCGGAGAAAACCAAGAGUGGCUUUGACCAAGUCAAAGCUGGCAUUAAUACUGCUCUGUGAACUGGCGAUUAAUUAACAAGAGGAACUUGCUCUAUCUCCAAAUGGAUAACAUUGUUCUAGUUAGGGUUUGUUUCUUACUUUCUGUCUUUUAUGUCUCUAUAGUGUCAUUUACAGUGGCGGUACAGUCUAAUUGUUAUUUCAUAGAGUGCCUAUCAGAAUGUGCUUUAAAGUAGACAUAUAGUCCUAUCUUUAUUCAUAUUUACGGACGAGAUUACUUUAUACUUGCUGCACAAUCCAUGACUGUUUUAUUGUCUAUUUUUGAGUGUCUUUUGUAAACAAGUGCUUUACCUGGGCAGUACAUCAAUCUGUUUUAUACAGAACCUUUUGUCAAGAAAAUAUUUUACAGGAGUAGUGUACGACUUGCAGACACUUGCAUGAGCAAACUGUCUAAUGCUAGCAAAACAAUCUUCACUUUAUGUAACCACUUUUAGGGGAUUUCUCAAAUAACAAUAUAAUUAGUUAA